GACCAGUCCUUCUUGAAGGAACUAAAGUAUUCACAUCAACGCUUUAUGACUUCUACGAAAUGGACUCGGAGGACAAGUAGAUUGAAAUGAUUCCUAUGAAAAUGAGAGUCGCCUAGUCGUCUGUGCCUGUAAAUCGCAACAGGAGCUCACACAAUAUUACUUCUGAAACAGAAACAAAUUGCUGCUCAUGGAGACAACUACACAAGAAGCUGAGAAGUCGAAAGAUGAAAAAGAAUGGCUUCUCACUGUUCGUGCACUGCAUCCUACAGACGGCCCAGAGGCACGAAAAAUAUGGCGGGCUGCGAUGCUUGGGCACGACCUUGCUCCUCCAGCGAAAGAGUAAGGCCAAGUAGCAUGACGGCAAAACAUUCCAAGGCUAGAUGCUCCUACCUCUCCCUGUUUUGGUUUAGAAUUUGUUUACACAACUAACAUGCAUAUACGGUCCUACUCACUUGUUAAUCGGCCCGAACAGAUGCUUAUAUUUUCCUUUUCACUGAAGAUGUAUUACGUUUAUUGAACAAUCCAUCGAGAACAAGGAAGCGGUGAUUCCACUUAAUUAUUGAUUUCAAUCAUUGCCUGCAUCCUUUUAAUGGUUCACUUAUAAAAAACAAAGAACUAAUGGUUGUUCCUUAUUGAUUUCAAUACCGCUACCAGCAACAUGCUCAUCAUCUAAAGACCGAUGAUCUCGCAUUUCGUUCAGUCGCGGAUAGAUGAUGAGAAUGAUAUGGGAGAUCCGUACAGGAGCUUUGUGCGCCCAUCUCAAGGUCGGAACUUUUGGGUGGUCGCAGCUGCAAGACGGGGAGACUCACAUGCUGAAAUUAAGACGUAAAGUUAAUGUUAACCUAUGAGCAUCACCAGCAUGAUUCGUGAAUUAUAUCAUGUUGCAGAUGUGAGUAGAAAUCGUUACCUUGUUUGAAUCUAUGCUUCAUUUAUUUCUCAGCAAUCAACAUCAAUCAUCCUGAGAAGUACUACUUCAUACAACAAGUGGUUGACCACAUCCACACGGAAUCGGAAGUUGUGGUUGGGUGUGUGGGAGCCUUGUUACGUACUGCGGAUGACAUGCAGAGAGUGACGCCAGUCGGAAAGGAAUACCUAGAGCGUGUGGAGGGAGACAACUUUCCGUUAUGUUAAGGCUAGAUCAUGAUUCAUAAUGAUCUAAAUACCAGGGCAGCUGCAGCAUGCGGAACACAAAAAUGAGUGUGAGUAGAAGAAAUAUAGAUCGUGGUAAGUAGUUCCUCUUCGGAAUGUAUUUAUAACAUCAAGCGUUGAGCGGCUUCAACCUCAUCGUUGGCAUACGACAAUGUCAGAGGAUCCACUAAUGCGAUAAGGAUGUAUAGUGCAAAUGUGUCGAAUUGUUUCCAUUUCCUAGUCUUCAAAAAAACGAACAAGGCUAAUCAGUUGUGGGGGUCUGAUUUCUAGCACUAGAAAGACCCCUAAUGUUAGAAACACCCUCUCGGAAUCAACUCUGCUGCUGUCGAGUUGAUCCGCAUGGCCGUGCGUUCCGACUUUCGCGGGCACAAAUUCUCGGGUAUGUCAACAUUAGAUGCUCAGAAUAGAAAAUAUGUUUCAAAGAUUUUCAUCUUUCGCGUGCAACGUUGGACAAAUUCCACAAUAAAAAUGCAACCAUACGAUGAUCAGUUAGCGGUGGGUCGCAUCUUUUGCGUGUUUCUGAGCUGCUGACAGAUACGGUUGCGAGAUGGGCGCGCGAACAGGAGGCGGCCUUCGUGGUGCUGACUACCGGAAGAGCAAUGCAAACUGCUGUUCGGGCGUACCAACGAUUAGGCUUUCAUGCUCGUGAGCUGCCUAGGAACGUCGCCUUCAGUGCAAAAACUGAUGAUAUGCUUCGCCUCGAGCCCAAACCUAAUAAAUAAUUAACGAUUCGACUCUAUCUGCCUGUAUCUUUAAAAUACGGCCCGAUCUCGUCUCUCUUAAGGUCAUCACGAACGAUGAUAACAGGGACCACAGCGCGCAAUGAAUGGUUACUGCCGGAUCAUCCCUGGCCCCGUCCGAUGAUUGAUCCAGGACAAUGAUGAUGAUGCAAUAUACCCAGCACGGAGCCUCGUCGUUCACUUUGCCACUCGUCUAUUUUUCGCAGAUACUUAUUUCCACAGAUACUUAAUGGCCUCGUGAUCAUUCAUCCUGCUGCAGCUUAACAAACAUCAAGGCAGUGACAGCGUCAAAUUUUCGCUCAUGGUGCUCGGACCAAGAAUCCUCUUUGAUUUUCUAGCCCGAUUGACUCCAUCGAGCUCCUCAGUAUCUACGAUGUUCUCUUUUGAGCACUUUUCGUUCAACAAUGUUUACUGCAGAGUUUGCAAGUAGUGCUAUGGAGCAAGAAAAGGCAAUUGAUGUAGUUGCGUGAUUAAGAGACUCUCUUUCUUGCUUUGUCCUCUGAAAUUGCCCCUGAGUUCUCUCGGUUCCCUUGACCGUAAUAUUAGACCACAGACAGACUACCCAAGGAGUAACGCCUUACUUAAGGUUCCGCUCCGGCAUGAGCACUUACAUGCAGCUUAACUAGUGCCCUAGCACCUGUAUAGCUUAGUCGAAUGCGCCUUGCAUUUAAUAAUCUUAAUAUGCUUGUUUCAAUCUUACUCUUACAGUUCCGAAAACCUGAAACCUAAAGCUUACGCUUGGGUUGGAUAUGAAGUGUCAUCAUGGCGAUCCAGGGCGAGCGUCCGAGGAGCUGAGGCUCCAUUUGCUCUUUCAUCUUUGAGUGCAAAUUUGCCAGUGGUCCACGACCAUACGACUACUUCCCUUCUUGUUCUCUCGUCUCACCAAAGCCUUCCUACCUAUGAACGAGCGACACGACUUACCACGCAACUUUUGCCAUACGCCACCUCUGUCAUGCUCGGUGUCGAAAUUUGCCAUCUUUAUUUGUAGAAAAGUCAUGUUGUAAAUUCCUGGACGGUCGUCCUCGUAUUCGUAGAAAGAUCAUCCAUGCG